AUGUUCGCUGUUCCAGGUUGGUCCGUCUCUUCAAAUCUCCUCAAGAGACAAACAUUGGAGCCGAAACCAGUUCCAGCAACAAAUGACACAGCUACUUCGGCCCCGGACGAUGACGACCUGUCAAAGUCAAAGAAGCGCAAACUUAACAGCGGCAAGUCCAAAACUCUAGCUGUGAACCCUGCCAAUGUGGCAGAUCUAUAUGAGAGAGUGAUUGAGGGAAAGCCUAAAGUUAAGAGCAAGAAGCAGGUUGAGAAACGGCAGAAGAUUGCCAAAGACGAUGUCGCAGGAGAUGCACCUGAAAAUGGUGGGGAUGUAGCCGCAGAGGAGAAAACAGAGGAGCGGAGCGAGAGAAGCGUGAAAAGAAAGAAGGACAAGGAAAGGAAGCGGGAGAAGAAAGCCGCUGCGUUAGAGCAAACGGGCAACCCAACCAAGACAGAGGAACCGUCCACCAAAGUCGCACCUCCAGCUCCAGCAACAAAACCCACCCCGCACCUAACUCCCCUCCAAGCAGAAAUGCGCAAGAAGCUCGUCUCUGCCCGCUUCCGCCACCUAAACCAAACACUAUACACCACACCCUCCGCGCACUCCCUCGAUCUCUUCUCCGAAAACCCAGAGAUGUUCACCGAGUACCACGAAGGCUUCCGGCGCCAAGUCGAAAUCUGGCCCGAGAACCCCGUCGACAGCUACAUCAACGAUAUCAAGACCAGGUCAAAGGCGCGAGGAGGACCAUCACGGAAAGGGGGUGCUGCGACAGAGGCAGCUUCUGACGCUGUAGUGCCAUUGCCAAGGACAGAGAAGACUUGUCGCAUUGCUGAUCUGGGCUGUGGAGACGCUGCAUUAUCGGAAGCACUGCAAAAAGACUCCAAGAAACUCAACCUCCAAAUCCACAGUUUCGACCUCUUUUCUCCCCAUCCCUUGGUCACGCGAGCAGAUAUCGCAAAUCUGCCCCUAGUGGACGAGAGUAUCGACGUGGCUAUCUUCUGCUUGGCGCUCAUGGGCACGAACUGGAUUGAUUUUAUUGAAGAGGCGUACCGGGUCUUGAGAUGGAAGGGCGAGUUGUGGGUUGCGGAGAUUAAGAGCCGGUUCGGACGUGUGGGAGGCAAGAAGGGGGGAAGGGUGGAGCAUAGUGUGGGGUUUAGACAAAAGCCUAGUAAGAAAGAGAAGAAAAAGACAGAGGACGAAGAUGCCGUGAAAGAUGACGCAGCGCUCAUGGUGGAAGUCGAUGGGAAUGAAGAUACCAAGCAGGAAACGGAUGUUAGUGCGUUUGUGGAGGUCUUAAGGAAGAGGGGUUUCGUGUUGAAAGGCGAGGCGGCUGUGGAUCUGAGCAACAGGAUGUUUGUCAAGAUGCAUUUCGUCAAGGGAGUCACGCCUAUCAAGGGCAAGUGUGUGCCCGUUCCAAAGGGAAUGGAGAAAAUGGGACUCGAGACUUGGAAGAAGAAGCCGAAGGGGAAGUUUACGGAUGCAGAGGAGGAUGUUCCUGUAUCGAGUGAAGCCGGGGUGCUAAAACCUUGUGUGUAUAAGCUAAGAUAG